GACGGAUCGUAAGCGAACCGCUCGCUCGGUGUUAUCUACCCCUCUCGCGAGUGUAAAAAAGAUAGACGCUACAGAAUAAUUUUAUUUCCAUGAAAAUAUAUUGUUGAUUCAUAGUAAGUGAUGGUAAAGUUAUGGUAAAGUUUAUGUGUAAAUAUGACGGUUGAAGAGUGAUUUCGAGUGAUAUAGAAAACAGUUAUGGUGUAAUCAGUGAUAAAAGCGUGGGUGAUGCUGCCUCUUCAGAUGUUGUCAUGGUGGUCAACACUGCUCCUGUUAUCAACCCUAAGGCGAGGAAGCGGUCAGGCGACGGAGGUCGAUGUACGCAUAUCAGCGCCGAGCUGGGUCGCACGUGGUGGUUCGGCAACCCUUCGCUGUCUCCAUCAAGUGCCACCGCAGCUGCUUUAUAAGGUGGAAUUUCUGAGGUCCGGUGCGAAGCUACUCCAGUAUGUCAGGGAGAGGAAACCACCGUACACGAAUUAUACAUUCCCUGGUGGGAAACUGAACAUGUCUCUGGUGACUGAGAAUUCUAUUACACUUGAUAAUCUGGACCCGACCGCCUCCGGGCUCUACUGGUGUGAGGUGUCCCUGGAGACGCCCAUAUUCACGGCCGCCUCUCCGCCUCACCAGCUUACCGUCGUAUACUCACAAAAACACCCUCCGAUAAUAACAUUCGGAAAGCCUGAUGUGGUAGUUGGCGGGUUGCUACGCGCCAAUUGUACGAGCGCACCCGCUGCGCCCGCGCCGCGUCUCACUUGGUAUAUCGACAAUGAAAAGGUGCCCGACGAAUCCAUUAGAUAUUUCUCCUACCGUGUGUCAAGUUCAACGAGGACCAAGGGAGGAAGCGGUUACCGUCACCGGAAAUACCAACAUAGAUAUAUUGCCCCCGAAUUCAACUACACUGCCAAGUACUGGGCAUUAGUGAGCGAAAGUACAACACAGUCGCCGGCUAACCUGACCAAGCAAAGUAAAUGCGCCUUGAAGGAUGGAAAUGAGGACGUUGCUAAGAUUCGAAAAAGACCACGAGAUCCAUCCCCACCCCCAAUAUCUCUAUGGGUAUCGAUAGCUGAACUACGGACACCAGCUCACGGAAGACUUCAACUUACAUGUACUGCUACAAUACCCGACGAAGUUGGCCCGGGGGAACGAUAUGCAGAUAUCAAGAAACAAACAGUCACAGUGGCCGUGAAUGAGCUCAGUUUGAAGAGACCGCGAACCGACACGUCGUAUGCUAAUGCGACAUCCACGCGUCUUCAAAAUUACCACCCAUUUCUACUGAUUGGUUACGGCUUCCUAAUAAAUGAGCUUCGACAACCUUUAUAUUAAAAAAAAAAAAAAAACAAAGUUUGAUAUCCAUAGAAUAUAUAGCUUCAUAUAGUUAACUCGUGCGAUAUGUUUUCACACUAAUUAUAUUAUAGUUUCAGCUCGGUAUAAUUGUAUUACCGGCUAUAAAAUAAUAAAAUACUGAAAAGCGAAAUUUAAUUUUAAAGCAUUUAACAGCGCUAUAUAUUAUAUGGAUUAGGCUACCUGCAUUGAUCGAUAUCGCUUAAAUUAAUAUAGAUAUAGUACAUAUUUAAACUUAUUAGUGAUCUCAUAAUAUUUUCGCCCUAAUUUAAUUAUUAACGGUAGUAAAAUUAUUUUUAUAAAAUAAAAUUAUUUUUCUAGUGUAGAUAUGAAACCUUUUGAAAAUCUAUUUGUAAUAUACUUCUAGUUCAACUUGUAUGCUUUUUAUCUGUGUAAUAUAUUUUUAAUCUGUUUUAAUAUACUAUCAUGAUAAAUAUAAAAAAGUAAUAAAUCUUUGUGUUCGUAUUUAAGCGUUAAUAUAUUAAAGAAUUUAAUAUUGUUUUUAUAAUAACGUUAUUCAAAGAUGUGUGUUUGUAAUUUCUCAUUAAUUAAGAGCUUUCUCUGAGUCAAUUAAUCUCUCCUUACACAGCUUCUUUAACAGGGUUCGUAACAGUAAUCAUUUAAUUCCUUAAAUCGGUAAUCAAAUACAAUAUUAUAAAUUUAAUCAUUUAAAAUAUUCAAAUAUUAAUUAAGCCAUUAAAAUUCAAUUCGCUUUCAUUUCAGUUAAAUAUUUAAUAAUAUAUUUAAAACGUUUUUUAACGAUUAUUUUUUAAAAUUCAAAUUGAAUAGGAAGUUAUCUCGGCAUUUUUAUAUUAAAUUUACUCUUUGACUAAAAUAAUAAAUCUGUACAUAGUUCUAAAAAACACUCUCACACUCCUUAUACUGAGUUAAUUACAUUUUGCAAAAGAUCAUUAUAUAUAUUGUCAAGAUAGAAAAACCUAAUGCGUUUUUUUCCCCAAACUCUACCUACUACACUAUCAUAUAGUUUGGGAUUCAGGGUUAAAAUAAAAUUGUAAUCACUGCUUGUUUUAAUGAUAUAUAUAAAUGCAUACUUCCUUGUUGGCUCAAAUGCUUGUACCGGAAAAUUAGUGUUGAAACCAACAUUAUAAAGCAAAAAUGAAGUAAAGUUUGGCUAAGUUAAAUGAAGAUUUUUAUUAUUUAAUUGUGCCGAAACAACAUCCAACGAUUGUUUUUUUUUACUAUGGUUUUAUUAGUAAGCAAAGAAACAAUUACUAAUACAUUUAAUAUUAUAAUUGUAUAUUUAUCUCCAGAUGCCAUAUUCGGUGUUGCCUGUUUUUAAUAUUAAAAUUAUAAACACUAUCUAGACAAAUAUAUCACUAAAAUAAGUUCGAUACUUAAUAAAAUAUCGUUCCAUUCUGUAUCCACUAAUAAAUACCGUUGAAUAUAAAAAAUAAAAAAAUAUGAUGACAAACGUCAAAAAUAAAUAAGAAAUUAACUUCAGCUUUAAAUGUUGUCACUACUAAAAUAAAAAGAACACGUAGAUUUAAAAAAUAUAUUUUAAAAAUAUAUUCAUAAAUAUCCGACAGACAUUCAAACAAUAGUCUGGUUUGGUCGAGUUCAAUAUUACUUUCUAUUGAAAAAUAGUCGAUUCAUAUAGGCUACUGAAGCAAUGUCUAUUUCAAUUUAUGAAGACCUAGAUAUUAUUUUGUCUAUAGCAGAGAAAUGUGUCUAAGAUACAAAAUAUAA